AUGACAAGUAGUGACCCAGUCCGGCUGGGGGUUUGGUUCGCCUUGAGUAGUACAGCUUCCUCCGUUGUCUUCCGCAAACUCGACACCGAUGAUUUCCGCUACCCUCUCGUUAAGCAGAGGCGCUCGUUUCGCUUGAAUUUGAUUGCUCACACUACGUUUACUGUAACAGUGGCUAUUUGCAGUCAUCAGGACCUUCGGAAUCAUCAAGCUGAUCAAGAUAAACCAUUACCUCCAAUAUACAAGGUAGUAAAGACUGUUUAUGCUUCUCCCUAUGCUUCUCCCAGCCAUGUCAACUUUCAUUUGGACUCGCAAAAGAUAACAAUUGGUUUUAUGAUAGCUGUGUGGCUGACAUGGAGGGCAGCUGAGGUAGAAAGACGAUCUACCCAACUUGUAGAGGAGUUAGAGGCAAUGAAGGCUAGUGCAGCUCAACAAAAUGAAGAAUUAGAGGCAGUGAAGGCUAGUGCAGCUCAACAAAGUGAAGAGUUAGAGGCAGUUAAAGCAAACCAAAACGAGACAGAUGCACUUUAAAAAAAUUGCUGGAACAAUUUUCCUCUAGGAAAUAAAGAUUUGUGAAGAGUGGUCCAAGGUUUGAGUUUUAAGCAAUAUACCUUUCGACUUGGUAUUAGCUUUUGGAAAGACUUAAGAAGUACAUACAUCUCUUGACUUAGUUAGCUUUUGGAAAUACAUCAUUAUCCAAGUUUCUUUGGGUAGUUCUUCUGAUGUUGAUACUUAUAUAUAUAACUGACUUUGGAUUUAAAGUUCAAUAGUUUAUGAGGGGGAUGAGAUACAUAUUUUAUUGGAGAUUAUUGCUAAUGUUAUUUAGUAUUAUUAUA